CUUUCAAAAAUCAGUCUGAAAAUAAAAGAAAAGAAUUUCUAGCCAAGAGAUCAAUUAAAAAAAAUUUUUUAUUUUACUUAUUAAAUGGAUGCCCCCAAUGCUUUUGCUGUUGGACACAGAGCUCGUCGUUAUUGUAUUCCAACAAUUAUUCAAUCAAAUCGUGUUGAUUGUCGGCCUAGACCUUUAGGCGUGCUUAAACGAAGUGUUUCAUCAAGCUUUGCAACUCCAGUAACUAAAGUAACACCUUUUGGUGGGCAAUACACGCCAAAUUGGAAUUAUUUUUACUACAAUCCACGUCCAUCAUUUAAUGUAGAUAAAACUUAUUUUGGAGAUCCGAGAAAUGUUUAUUGGACAGGAAAGCAUUCAAAUCUUCCAGCAAUUAAUACUUUUGAUAGAAAGGAAACUACAAGUGCAAAUUGCAGAGAUUUUCAUAACCAGAAACAUUGGAAUUAUCCUUUUAGUUAUUGGGCAACUUAUUAUUAUUGGACUUAG